AGUACAUGGUAGGGAGAAAGACCGUCGAGAGAGAGAGAGAGCAGGCGAGGGUUUUCGUGGGGAGCGCGGAGUGAAGCCAGCCAGGAGACCCAGAAACUCGUUUCUUCCCCCCACCACUCCCCCCCCAAUCUCUGGUUCGUAAAGAGUCACCGCAGCAGCAGCCGCCGCCAUGCGAAUUAGGGCAAUCCGUGCCAAAAAGCUAAACCCUCAUUCCCCCCCUAUUUUUUAUUUUGAAGAAUAAGAAGAAGAAAGAGGGGAAAUAAAAACCCUAGCAAUUCUUCCCCGUCCUCCGUCCCUCACCCUUAGUCUGCCUACGCCUGUUCGUUCCUCGUCAUUCCGCCCUCCUGGUUUGGUGUCACCCUUCUUUAUCUGCGGCUUCUUCCGUUUCUUCUUCUUCUUCUUCUUCUUUUUUUUCUUUGUAAAUGGCGACGGAGACCGGUACUUAUGAAGGCAGUGCGGGCGGGAAGUUUAGAAAGCGCCCCGUAAGGAAAUCCUCGACACCGUACGACCGGCCAGCCACCGGCUCGCACGCUCUUAGGAACCCUUUGGCCGAGGAGAAGAGGAACGGUUGGCUCUCCAGGAUCGUGAAUCCCGCGUCGAGGAUAAUCACGAGCAGUGCUACCAGAUUCUUUGCCUCCAUGUUCCAGAAGCGCCUCACCGCCUCCGCCAGCAGCCCUGAUGUGAAGAUUGAGACGAUACAUCAGCAUCCUAAAACAGAACCUGAGAUGAUGCAGAAUCUGUUAAAAGGCAAACCAGAAGAUUUUACCAGUCAAGAAGAAAGAGGAAUUACAAGUUCUAUAAGUAAUAGGCUUGAUGAUUUUGAGAGAAUGCUUAAGGAUAAAACCUUGUCAAGGGAUGAGUUGAAGCGCUUGACAGAGCUUUUGCAAUCUCGAGUAGUUGAUUCUUCUAAAGAUAGUGAAGGCAAAAGGAUCCAGGUGAAUACAUUAAAUGCAGCAACCACUCCUAUGACCAAGAACAACAUAAGUACCCCGGUGUCUGGAGAUGUAAAUAACCUGAUAACUGAUGAAACAACUGCUUCGCCCACUGAAAUUGCAAAAGCUUUUAUGGGAGGGAGGCCUUCUGCAUUAUCUCCAGCAGUUUCAGGUCUUCGAAGCCGGACUUACAGGGAGUUUGCAUCGCUAACACCUAAUGCUCAGAGUUUUCCCCAUGUUAUAAAGUCGGUCACAGCUAGUAAAUUUUCUGGAGUCUCUGGAUCAAAGGAAGAUGCCUUUUUCACCCCAGAUUAUCAAGGAGGCAGGUCUGUCUUGUAUAGUCCUGCUUCUCCAUAUCCUAGACUUCUUACAGAGGUCAACCGUGAGGCUAAUGGUGAUAGCUAUAUUGGCUUGUUGGGAUCUUCACACUGGACACAUGCUAAUGAUGCACCUUCCAUCCGUAAGCAGGUCCUGAAGCGGAGGAGUUCAAUUUUUGAAAGUGACAUUGGAUCAAUCAGCUCUAUGAGACGAAUCCGCCAGAAGUCGAACUUGAUGCCCUCUUUUAAAGGAAACUGUCUUCCUUCUACUGCUAUUUCUCUGUCCUCAUCACGGUCUCAUGUUCGUCAGAGCUCUGUUUCUUCAUUCCAGAAACCUAUCCAGAUGCCUUUCCAAAAAUGUGAUUCUUCUACAAGUAGUCUGGCUGUUCAAAAUGGUGAUGACAAAUGUGAACUUGCAAAUUUUGCUUUUGUUCCUCCUCAGUCUAGUGAACGAGCUAGGAAAAUACUGGAAGAGGUUGAUAAAACGGCGCCAUCUCCAAAGGAGAAAUCAACUGAAUUGCAGUUAGCUAUUGCAAGAGAGAAAUCACCUGCUAAAUUGACAGUUGGUAUGUUGGGUGGGAAGGCCCUCAGAAGCAUGGAGGACAUAGACAUGGCAAAGGUGCCUGAUCGACAGGUCAUUGCAUCAAAUGGUUCUGAUAGUUUUGGGAAAUCGUUUCAUAUUGCGAAGAAAGACAGGAUGGAAGAGAAUGGGCUUGUUGCUGGAACCUCUGAGAAAGCCUUUAAAGCACCUUCUAAAGGUGGUUUAACUAAUGGGAUUUCAAAUUUUGCUGAUUCUCUUUCUGGUAAGAUGAGUACAGAUUCCAGUGCUGAGAGACAUCCUCAAACUAGGCGACCCUUUCAAAUGGCUGCACCCGAGAUGGAUGAGGAUAGCUGCAAUGUUGGUGAUGUCUCGGCAAAAUCUCUUGCCCAAAUAGAAAAAGAAAAGCCUUAUUCUGAAAAUUCCACUCAGAAGCCUUUGUGUUAUCCUCCUGAAAAGAAGCCUGCUACUGCUAUAGGUCCCUUGUUUACUAAUGGAACUGCUAUUCAUGAUGCCUCAAAUUUUACCUUUUCUGUGGUGCCACCAUUAAACUCUUGUUCUAAGCCAUCCUCUACGCUUGCUGUACCACUGCCAGUGCAGCCACUCCCAGUGUAUGACAAGCCAGUUGAAACCAAGGAACCUGCCAUUGUAAAGAGUUCCAUGAUUCCAAGUAUCGCCAUGACUUCUGUUGGAGAUGAUGCUUUAAGUAAGAAUAUUUGCGGUGAUUCUGUUGGAGUUGAUGCUUUAAGUAAGAUUAUUUGCGGUGAAACUAAAACUGGUUCAAGUGAAACUGUUGCUGAUUUGAAAACUUUAGCUCAUCAGACAAACUUCGGGUCGUAUAAGGAUGUUGAACAGAGAGUAGAUGAAACUGCUAUUCCUGCAGUUUCUUCCGUAUCUUCUUCCAGUAUUCUGUCUGGCUUUGGUACAUCAUCCAUUCCCAAUUUAAGCAGCGGAUCUUCAAAGUUUAGCUGUUCUGCAUCUCAAGGAUCAUUUGCUCCAUUGGCACCUUUCUCUGCUGUUUCUAACGCCACCACCAUCACCACCUCCAGCGCAUUGCCAUCAGCCUCUAGCAGCAUCCAGUUUAGUACUGGAAACCUGUAUGCAGCUUCUGGUGCAAGUUCUUCUCCAUUAUCAUCUAGGCCUGACCUGUCAGAUUUGACACCAAAAGUAUCAGAGAACCUAUCAGUACUUGGCAAGAAUGGAUCAGCUUCUCCUAUAAUGUCAGAAAAAUCUCACACCACCACAUCUGCUAGUGGCAGGUUACAGAUCUCUGCCUCUGCAUUUGGUUCUACUGUGCCCCCUGUUGACCUUCAGCCUCAGGCUGGUACUGGUACGCCUGUUGAGGAUACCAGACCCAGUGGUACAAGUCAGUUUAGUUCAUCUGCUUCAUUGCCGACCUUUGGCCUAAGUUCUGCUUCAACUUUUGCGUCUGGCAGCUCUCUCUUUGGUUCAUCUUUUGGUUCUGGUCCGGCGAUUAGUUCUUCAUCAUUAGGUUCCAUUUCUUUUGGUGCAGUUGACCAAACAACUUCAUCAUCGUCUACAGUUCUAUCUGCCUCAUUUGGAUCUAGUAGCCAAUCUCAGUCCUUGUUUAGUUCUGGAUUUUCUUCUCCCUCACCUGCAAGUUCUGGAUUUACUUUUGGAGGAUCAUCGUCUGGUGUUGCUUCAAUAACGUCAGGUUUAUCUUUUGGAGGAUCAGCUGCUAGUGCUGGAUCUUCAACAGCAGGGUUCUCCUUUGGAGGAUCAUCAGCUGUCACUACUUCGUCCUCGUCCCCUGCAUCAACUGGGUUUUCCUUUGGUGGAUUUUCUUCUGGUUCUGCCUCGUUGUCUUCAGCAGUUGGAAGUUUUGGGGCUACAACAAGUGCGACAGUGUCCGCUUUGUCGACUGGGUUCUCUUUCAGUGGGUCAUCAGUGAGUGCUUCUACAUUGCCAUCAUCAACAUCAGGGUUUUCUGCUGGUGGGUCAUCCAUGGGAGCUGCUACAUCCUCGUCUUGUGGAACAGGGUUUUCAUUUGGUGCACCAUCAGUGGGUUCUAAUACAUCACCGGCGUUCACAGCCGGUUUCUCUGUUGGUGGGUCAUCAAAGGGCGCUUCUGCAUCUCUAUCCCCUGCAACAACAGGGUUUUCUUUUGGUGGCUCAUCAGUCGGUUCUACCACUACAUCAUCGUCAACAGCAUCCUUUUCGUUUGGAACACCUUCGGCUGGUUCCUCUUCCUCCGUGGGCACAAGUUUCUCUUUUGGGCUGUCACCCGGUGCUUCUUCUCCAUCUACUACUGCGUUUUCUUUUGGAGCAGGUGCUGCAUCUUCUCCAGUAGCCAGUGCAUUUUCUUUUGGAGCAUCAACUUCUUCCAACAGCGUUCCAUUUGCAUUUGGCUCCUCUGGUGGUAGUUCUGCUUCAACAGGGUCAUUAUUUUCUUUCACGGCAUCUGCAUCUUCAGCACCAUCCAUAGGUUUUGCUUCAAAAACAGCACCAGCUCCAGCUCAGCCUUUAAUGGCAUUUGCUUCUGCGUCACCAGGGAAUGAUCAGAUGAACAUCGAGGACAGCAUGGCUGAGGACACGGUCCAGGCAUCUAUGGCUGUAACUCCAGCAUUUACCAUGACCUCAUCAGCUUCAUCGAAUUUCACGUUCGGUUCCCCCAGUGCACCUGCAGGUCAGCCCGUCUUCUCAUUUGGUGCUCCACAAGGCGGGUCAACCCCUCCGGCACCCUCUCCAUUUGCUGCUGGUGGUGGUAGCUUAGAAUUUGCAGGUGGUAGCUUCUCGUUGGGUACAAAUGGUGGUGAUAAAUCUGGUCGGAAAUUUUUACGGAUGAAGCGAGAUAAAAGUCGCAAAAAGUAAUGUUUUCGAUUUCUCUUCCCUAUAAAGGUCUCAAGCAUUUGGUUUACUGGUGGUGUGGGUGGUAUAUUUCUUUUUAUUCUACCCGAUCACAUCAUCAUCAUCGUGAAAGUUCAGCGGUGUCGGCUUUUACCAAAGUUGAGAGUACCAGUCUUUGUGAUUUGUUGCCUGUUUCUAUGGUGGCUACAUUUUUUUCACCGUCUGUUUCCAAUUUUGAUGGUUCAGUCGUAGGAUUUAUCCAAAAACUUGUUUGUAUUAGCCUGUUGUUUUGUACCAUAAACAAUUCGCUACUAGCCUACUUGUACUGGUAUUAUUUGUAUGAGAGGUCUCAUAUUAUUCUAAUAUGUAAAAUUUUUCCCGCGUUCCUCGUAA